AUGAAUCCAUCCUGUGAUUCGAUGGCGGAUAUCAGUUUGCAACAGUCCUGCCCACUAUGCCGGCUGCCGGAUAGCAACGAUAUGAUCAGUUGCGACGAAUGCGAGCGGUGUUUCCAUCUCCCUUGCGCUGGAGUCACUGAGAAUGUGAAUCAUGGUUGGAGCUGCCGGGAAUGCGUCCUCGCUAGAGUUCCUGCUCCAGCACCAUCGCACUCAAGAACUCUAACAGUGGGAGGGACUGCUCUGUUGAAUAGAAGCCAGAUCGCCGCUCGUCAAGCUGUACCGAAGGAGUUGCCAACAUUUACCGGCGAACCGGAAGAGUGGCCCUUGUUCUUCGCUUCCUUUGAGAAUACCACCCACCUCUGCGGAUUCUCCCCUCAAGAAAACAUGGCUCGCCUACAGAAAUGCCUCAGAGGAAAGGCUCUGGAGGCGGUGAAAUGUCAACUGCUUCAUCCAAGUAAUGUAAACCAAGUCCUCUCCACGUUGAAGAUGCUUUUUGGACGCCCGGAGAUCAUAGUGCAUUCGCUGCUGCAAAAAAUUAACGGUCUGCCUUCACCCAAAGCGGAUCGCCUUUGUACGCUGAUCGAUUUCGCUUUAGCUGUGCGUAACAUGGUGGCUACUGUGAAAGCCUGCAAUUUAGAGGAACACCUGUGUAACCUCACUCUGCUACACAGCUUAACUGAACGAUUUCCACCAAUGAUCCGUUUAAAUUGGGCAACGCAUCGACAAGGUCUCCGUUCUGUGACGUUGUCUGAAUUCAGCGACUGGUUAUACAACCUAGCGGAAGCAGCGAGCGCUGUUACGAUGCCACAGUUUUCUUGUUCAUCCGAAAACAAAACCCAUCGUAGUCGACGAGACGACGGGUUCUUGAACUCUCAUAUCGAGAUGGAUUCCGAAGGUGAUAGCGGUUGCAUCGUCUGCCAUGGGAAUUGUGAUGGAGUUGAGAAAUGCGCAAAGUUUUUGUCAUUCAACCUUUCCGACCGCUGGGACAAGCUUCGAGAAUAUAAACUGUGCCGUAGUUGCUUAUGCAAUCAUCGCGGUCCUUGCAGGUCGGCGAAACCGUGUGGAAAAAACGGCUGUCCAUACAAGCAUCAUCGGCUUCUACACAAUGAUGCGAAGGAUAAACAAGAGGCGUCAUCUUCCAAUUCCACCAGCCGCACUCCUCAGCAAAAGGUCAGUCCCGAAACCGAAUCUUGCAACACGCAUCGAGGAGGGAAGAAAACGGUACUUUUCCAAUAUAUUCCGGUUAUUCUGUACCAUCAGGGAAUUGAAUUGCGUACAUAUGCGUUCUUAGAUAGUGGAUCUUCCCUGAUUUUGAUGGAGGAGAGUUUGUCAAGAGAAUUGAACUUGCAGGGCGAAAAGUAUCCGCUUUGCUUGCGCUGGACGGCUGACACAUGUCGUUAUGAGAAGGAUGCCACGAUUGUUUCUUUGAAGAUCUCCGGCACACACAGCAACAGCAGCCAACACCACUUAUCGGAAGUCUACACGGUUAAGGAUUUGAAACUUCCUUCGCAAUCUCUUCCUGCUCGCCAACUAACGGAAAGUUAUUCUCAACUUAAAGGCCUGCCGAUUGAACCUUAUUAUAACGUUCGACCAAAGCUCUUGAUCGGAAUGAGCAAUGCUAAGGUACUGCAUCCCUUGGAAGGUCGUGAGGGAAAGUCCGACGAACCAGUAGCAGUGAAGACGCAUCUGGGUUGGACGGUAUAUGGCGUUUGUCCACCAGAAGCUAGUAGGACAUCAGAUGAAAUCCCACGAAGUUUUCAUAUCUGCUUCCAUUAUCACGAUUCCGAUGACAAAUUGCAUGAAGCUGUGAAGAACUAUUUUGCACUCGACAGUUUAGGCAUCCGUGGACAAGAAACUCAACUACUCUCUAAGGAAAAUGAACGAGCUCUUGCGAAGCUGGAAGAUACUACAACGUUCCAGAAUGGCCGAUAUGAAGUAGCGCUACUCUGGAAAUAUGAUGACGUGCGACUUCCGAAUAACCGAUCGAUGGCGUUAAGACGUCAUGACUGCUUGGUUAAAAGAAUGGAACGUGAGCCCGAAUUAGCAGACACAUUACGAGCAAAAAUGGCAGAUUACGAACGCAAAGGUUACAUUCGCAAGCUCACAGCUACCGAGAGCCUGAAAACGGGGGAUCGAACAUGGUACCUGCCGAUUUUCCCUGUGUUUAAUCCUAAUAAGCCAGGGAAGGUCCGAAUUGUUUUCGACGCGGCCGCUUUCUUCAAAGGCGUUUCCUUGAACUCCGUGUUGGCGAAAGGCCCAGAUCAGUUAAAUGAUUUACCACCUGUGCUGUAUAAGUUCCGUGAGCGUUCGAUUGGUUUGGGAGGCGACGUAGCAGAAAUGUUCCACCAGAUGCGCAUGAACGCCGAAGAUGAGGACAGUCAGCGGAUCGUAUGGUGCGCUAACAAUGGAACAACGGAAGCAUGUGACUACGUUAUGCAGGUGGUGACAUUUGGAGCUACAUGUUCACCCAGCACUGCACUCUUCGUGCUGAACAAGAAUGCGACACGAUUUGCAAGCGAAUAUCCGGCUGCUGUUGACGCGAUUCAUCAUAGGCACUAUGUUGACGAUAUGUUAACAAGCGUAGAUACGGAAGAAGAGGCGAUAAAACUGGCGAACGAAGUCCGAUAUGUUCAUCAACAGGGCGGAUUCCACAUGAGGAAUUGGGUUUCCAAUUCGUCGACAGUUUUGGAAGCAAUCGGAGAAAAUUCCAAGCACGAAAAAUCGAUGGAAAUGAAUGCUGAUCUGGCUAUGGAGAAAGUUCUCGGCAUGUGGUGGGACACUACGAUGGACGUUUUUCGCUACAAGCUCUCUACGGAUCGUAGCAGGAACCUUCUCACCGGUGCUAAACACCCAACUAAACGGGAUUUGCUACGAACACUGAUGGCCAUCUACGACCCGUUAGGUCUCAUAGCCAACUAUUUGAUGUACCUGAAAGUACUUCUUCAAGAGGUGUGGAGAGCAAAAACAGAAUGGGACGAGGAAAUCGGAGAAAAGAAAUUGGAGAAGUGGCGCACUUGGUUGCGCAUUAUGCCGGAGCUAGAAUCAGUGGAACUCCCUCGUUGCUAUUACCGGGCCGAGACGAGUAUUGACGAAGCCAUUAUCGAGCUCCAUACGUUCGUCGAUGCUAGUGAGCUAGAAUACGCAGCCGUUUCCUAUUUUCGUUUCGAGAAGGAUGGGCUUAUUCACUGCGCCCUUGUUGGAAGCAAAACCCGAGUAGCACCCCUAAAGUUUGUCUCCAUCCCCCGUCUCGAACUUCAAGCGGCAGUCAUCGGUACACGUUUGGCCCGUAGUAUAGCAGCUGGCCAUUCUAUAAAAAUUGCUCGCCGGUACUACUGGACUGACGCCCGAGAUGUUAUGUGCUGGCUACAAUCAGACCACAGGCGUUACUCUCAAUUUGUGGCCUUUCGUGUGGGAGAGAUAUUGGAAGCAACGGAUGUCAAGGAAUGGAGGUGGCUGAGCACUAAGAUAAACGUAGCAGACGAUGGAACAAAGUGGAAGAACAAACCUGAUCUCUCACCGGAGAGCCGUUGGUUCAAUGGACCACCAUUUCUGUGGAAAUCAAAAGAUUAUUGGCCGAAGUCGUCUCUGAACAACGUAGAAACCGUCGAAGAAAUCCGCACGAGUGUGUUGCAUCACACGGAAGGAGCAGUUAGGACCAUCCUGCUACCGCAGGAUUACUCAUCAUGGUGUCGCCUACAACGCGUGACCGCUUUCGUUCAACGAUUCGUAAGUAACAUCCGGUUGAGGAAGGCGGCCCAGCAACCAAAUACCGGAUCGCUCACGCGAGAUGAACUUCUUGGAGCAGAACUAUUCCACAUCAAACGAGCCCAGGAAGAUGUCUAUGCAGAUGAAUUAGCGAUAAUUGCGGAUGGAGAUCGUCGUCUUCAUAAGAGGAAUCCUCUAUUCAAAGUUAGUCCAUUUAUUGACGAACAAGGUAUAAUGCGGAUUCAGAGUCGGCUAGGUCGUCGUCACGAGAAGCGUUGGGGCAUCAUCGUAACAUGCCUCACAACCAGGGCAAUACACCUCGAACUGGCUGCUUCGAUGAACACAAGCUCGUGUAUUCUGGCACUGAAAAACUGCUUUGCUCGACGAGGUACUCCAAUAGAAAUCAUCAGUGACCGAGGGACAAAUUUUGUAGGCGCAGACAAGGAGCUUAAAGCUGCGGCUGCAGCGAUAGACCAGGACAAACUUAUGUCGGAAUUCACCACGGCAGUGACAACAUGGCGCUUCAAUCCCCCUGCGACGCCUCAUAUGGGAGGCUGCUGGGAGCGUCUAAUACAAUCUGUUAAGAAGAUCCUGAACAAAGUCAAGCCACAGCGAGUACCCACUGAAGAGGUGUUGAGGAGCUACUUAAUUGAAGUAGAGAAUGUAAUUAAUAGCCGACCGUUGACGCAUGUCCCCGUUGAUGACUCUUCAUCACCAGCUCUUACACCAAUACAUUUCCUGUUGGGCUCAUCAGAUGGAUCGAAACCGCUAGUUCCUUACGACGAAUGCCCGUUGGAGUUGCAGCGAUCCUGGAAGGCAUCACAAGCUCUCGCUAACCUCUUCUGGAAGCGUUGGGAGAACUCGUUGUAA